AUGCUGGCUCUAUUUCCUGAAAUUGAAGAAUCAACUAUCUCCAAGGAAGUUUUGGGGGAGCUGCCGGAAAUAGUUGCUGUCAUCACGGAGGAAGAACCGUGGACCCUCUAUUUUUAUGGGUCUUCUACAUCAAAGGGUGGAGGAGCAGGUGUAGUGCCCAUUAAUCCCGAGGGGCAAGCUACGACCCUCUCAUUCAAGCUAAAUUUCCCGUGCACAAAUAAUACGGCGGAAUAUGAGGCUUUCAUCAUGGGGAUGUCUACAGCAAGGGAGAUGGGUGUCGAAAGGAUUAAAAUUAUUGGGGACUCAAACCUGGAGCCAACAUUGGCGCCGUAUCGUACAACUGCUGAAAGGCUUGUUUGUUCUUUCAAACAAGUUGUGUCAGAACAUAUUCUGGGGGUUACUAAUAGAUAUGCUGAUGCGUUGGCCACUUUGGGAUCAAAGCUCUCGUUUGUUGAAGAACAACCUAACAUUGCCGUGAUCAAGAAGGACAUGCCAGUAAUCGAAGCAAUGGCUCAAGAGGAACAGCUGGAAGAGGAUGACUGGAGGAAGCCUGUGAAAGAAAAAAUAGGCAAGGGAAGCGACAUCAAGGAAUUGAAGGAUUAUGCGAUCAUUUUCGGAGAGUUGUACAAACGCCUUCCAUGA